AUGUCUGCCCAGCAAGCCACCAAGGACAAGAAGCCCAAGGCCGAGGACGCUCCCGAGGCACCCAAGCCCGCCGAAAACGAGGAGAAGAACGACUCGGGCAACGAAGAGCAGCCCGGUUCCGGCUCCGGCUCCGGCUCCGGCUCCGGCUCUGAAGACGAGGGCAGCGAGGCGUCCGAGUCGGAAUCCGAGUCGGAACCCGAACCCGAACCGCCGAAGCCCAAGAAGAAGUCAUCGUCGUCGUCCAAAAAAUCGGCACCGCCGCCUCCUGCGCCCGCCAAGAAGAAGUCGUCGUCGUCGAGGAGGGAAAAGGAGGAGGCUGCGCGUCGUCGUCGUCGUCGUCGACAACAGGAGUACACGUCGGAAUCCGACGACGACGACUCGGGUCUUGGGCUCGUCGAUGAUCUGCCCGUUAGGCAGGUUGGCAAGCCGGUCGGAAAGGCGGUCGAUGCCGUCGGAGGUGCGGCCGAUAGCGUGGGCAAGACUGCUUCGGGCCUCGCGGGAGGAGGAGGCGGCGAUGACGAUAUGGGCGAUAAGCCGCUUCGCCUUCGUCUUGACCUCAACCUCGACGUACAGCUCGAACUCAAAGCUAAGGUCCAUGGCGACGUUACCCUCGCCCUGUUCACGUACACGACUUCGGAGCCGCCUCCGCCGCCGCCGGACGAACCAGACGACUUUGCAGGCCAACUCAUGUCGCUCCCGCAGCGCUACGCCCACCUCGACGCGUACGAGGACAAGGAUAUCACCGUCUCGCUCCGUAUCGUCGUGCGUGGCCAGCCGCGAAAGGAGAUUCUGCGCAUCGAGCUGUGA